UUGCUGCAUCUGUGACGCAUUUUCAAAGCGCCGGAAACGCGCUCGCGAAUGCUGAUGUGUUAUUUUGCAGUAUAUGGUAGUUGUUUAGUUUUGAAUAUUAUUGCUUAAAAAUUGAUACUGUUAGUUUUUUAGAUGCCUAAAGGGAAAGGCUUUACCGGGUGAAAAGAAAACAGUCACACGAGAAGGAGAACUCAGGGAAGAUGCCGCCGAAAGGAAAAGUUGGAACCAAAGGCAAAAAACAAAUCCACGAGGAAAACCAGGAUACUCUAAAGUUCUAUAGCAGAAUCAUCCUGGGAGCAAACGCUAUUUAUGCAGCAGUCAAUUUCUUGCUCUUUUACGACUCAUCUACGUUUUGGACAUGGUUCUUGCUACUGUUCGCCGUGGCGGUCUACUUUGGCAGCUACAGAUCUAUGUCAGCAAUGGCCAAACCUGCAUUUGCUGAAGAUGGUAGCUUGCUGGAUGGAGGGAUUGACCUUAAUAUGGAACAGGGCAUGGCAGAACACCUAAAGGAUGUGAUUAUCCUUACUGCUAUCGUUCAGGUCCUCAGCACUCUGUCGUCCUACUUCUGGUACUUCUGGCUCUUGGCACCUGCAAGGGCUUUGCAUUUAUUGUGGGCGAACUUCCUGGGCCCCUGGUUUUCUGCCGAGUCACAGGCAGCCCCUGAAGAGAACGAGAAAAAUGACAAGAAACAGAGGCGACAGGAAAGACGACAGAUGAAGAGAUUCUAGACACUGUGUUUAAUUUUUUUUAUUGUACAAUUACAAAGAACAUGCAAUCUAAAUUAUUCUGAGAUAUUUGAUAAUGAUGGGUUAGUCCAAACAAUAGAUUUGGCACUGUAAAGUGUCUCACUUUUUCUCACUUGUCAUCAACUGCUCCGUCCUUUUCAGAACUCUGGAUCCUUUUUCUUUCUUAAUGUCCGUCUUAAAAUCUCUAGCUCAGGUGCGCCACAGUCACAAAUUUGCCUUUGUUUUUUUGCUUUUUAUUUUUAUCAUAAAGUGAGUUAAACACACACAAAAUGUCUUUGCUUACUAUAGUUUCAGUUAUUAAUGAGGACCUCUCAACAGAUGCAGCUACAUGGCCCAUCGCCCUCAGCAAUUUAGACUGUAUGAGUUUCACCCACCACAUGAAAUUUCACAGCACUCGAGUCCAGCGUUUAGAAUUCCUUCUUUAGGCCUUUCAGAAAAUCAUGUGCUGAGCCUGUAUCAGAUCAAGUCUGUGAGAUGUGUUCUGCUGAAGCUACAGCUGCAGCCUGGUGCUGCUUUGAGGGAUUGUAAGAUAAUUCACCUUGUGUGGAAACAAAGGACUUUCUGGUUACAUACAUUUUUAACUGUUCAAAUGAAACUAUACUGUUUGUAAAAAGUUGGAUGGGUUAGUAUAACACACAUUACGUCACAGUAUUGACUGGCCCCCAACGUCCGUUUAACAUUUCAAUGGACUAACUGCGUCAUGACAACCUUGUAAAAAUAAGUUGCUUCAGGUUAAAUUUAUGAAUACCCAAUGAUUAUAAAUAAACUAUUAUAAAAUGG